AUGCCGGCUGCUACUGAGGUCAAGUUCCAACAAGAUGUCACCCGAGACUCGCUCCGGACCCGAACCGCCAGCAGCAUGCCUCCGUUCAGUAGUGCGAGUGGGAGCAGCAGCACCAGACAGCAGCAGCUGCAGCAACAGGACAAGCCGCAUCGGUGGAUCAAGCGCUACAGGACAGAGGUAGCUGCCAGCUCCGCCAGCGUGCUGUCGACCAUCACGGCCUUCCCCCUCGACAGCGUCAAGACCCGCCUGCAGACUUAUCCCUACAACGGCUUUGUGCAUUGCGUGCAGAGGACGUAUCAGUCGGAGGGGGUUCGCGGCUUCUUUCGAGGUGUGACCGCCCCCUUGGCUAGUGUCACCCUCGUACGAACCGUGUCCUUCUCGAUAUACCAACGCUCCAAGUACGUCUACUCGGAUUGGAUGGGGAAGCACCUUGGGUUUUGCCCGCUCGAGCAUGUCAAUAAGAAUGGCGCGUAUCCGACGCUGGGCACCAUUGCCUGUUUUGGAGCUGCAGGGGCUACUGCUGGCUCAGGUAUCACCUUUAUCGCAUGCCCCUUCGAGCUGACCAAGAUCAGUGCCCAAGUGUCCGUCCUCAUGGCAAAUCAGAAGAAUGCAGAUCCGAAAUGCCAGGAGAUUGCCAUGAGUUACCACAACAAGGGCACGAUCCAGACACUGCGGAACCUGAUAAAGCAUAGGGGGUUCAGUGGGAUGUAUACCGGUCUCAACUUGCACCUUCUGCGAGACACUUUGGGUACUGGGAUCUACUUUGCUACCUAUGAAAGUAGCAAACAACUUUUGACUACGUUCAGCGGCAAGGAUGCGCACAAGAAUCCCAUUGCCGUUCUGGCCGCAGGAGCUCUCUGCGGCAUCGUCUCAUGGGCCCUUAUUUAUCCUAUCGACUCGGUGAAGAGCAUAUACCAGCGCAAUGCUCUCAUGUAUUCGAAAGGCCAAAAGGUGCCCAUUCCCAAGAUUCACUUUUUCAGAAAAGACAUGUAUCGCGGGCUCGGCGUAUCCAUGGGGAGGUCAGCUGCUGUGAAUGCCGUCUUCUUCUCCGCCUUCGAGUUCUUCAAGAAGAAGAUCAACGCCCUCGAGGAUACACCUGCCGAGUGA